AAUCCCAGCACUUUGGGAGGCCGAGGCGGGUGGAUCACAAGGUCAAGAGAUCGAGACCAUCCUGGUCAACAUGGUGAAACCCCGUCUCUACUAAAAAUACAAAAAAUUAGCUGGGCAUGGUGGCGCAUGCCUGUAAUCCCAGCUACUCAGGAGGCUGAGGGAGGAGAAUUGCCUGAACCCAGGAGGCGGAGGUUGUGGUGAGCUGAGAUCGCGCCAUUGCACUCCAGCCUGGGUAACAAGACCGAAACUCCGUCUCAAAAAAAAAAAAAAAACAAAACUUUGAACAGGUCUGGCUGUGGGUCCUAGAAAGGCAGUUUAAUUGAUGUCACAGUAGUUUCAUACUAACUUUAGUGGCCUAUGCAAGGUUAAUCUCUACUUCCCCAGACCAUGUAUCCAACAAUUUAGAUUCAUGAUAUAAAUACUCACCUGCUCAUUUCUGAGGCGGAGAUUUAGUAUAGAUUUAGUCUUGAACUUUAGCACAAAGGCGCUAGAUGAAAAAUCAGUGACAUCUGACUUCAUUUGGGUUUUCCAGGCCUUGUAGUCUUAUUUGUUGCCUCUAUAUGGCAUCAUAUUAAUCCAGGCAUAAAAAUCAGCAAUUCUUUGAUAUUCUCUAUAAUGUUGCCCCAUCAAAAUACCAUACGUUUGGUAAUUUUGCUGAAAAUUUGACAAGUUCUGGGGAUGGGGCAUAUCAAGCACUGCAUAUCAUUCCCCCAAUAUUUGAGUGGUUUUCUGUCCCACCUUAGCCUCUCUCCUCAAAUAGUAAACAACUUUCUUUUCUUGUCUCAAAGUACUUUUUAUCCCCUUUUCUGAAGUUUUGGCGUCAAGAGACAUCUAUGAUUCUGAGAGUCACUUAGCACAAGUGAGACAUAUUCCUAACAAAAACAGAUCUGCUGACAAAAAGUCUCGUGAUUUUCUUAAGAGAAGAAAAAUGUCCUCAAGUGCCAAUUAUUGGCCCCAUUCACUAAGCCAGAUGUUAUAUUCAACACUUUAUGAAUAUUAUUCCACUUAAGCCUUGGAACAAUCCUUUGCAGGAGGCAGUGUUUUUCCAUUUAUAGUAAAACUCAGGCUCAGAGAAUUUAAAAGGAUAUAGGUGGUAGAUGGUGGAAAUGAGGUUUGAAUCUAAUAUUGACACCACAGCCUGUAUUCUUAAUCACUACACUACGCAUCAACUACUUUUCUGGCACAUGCUGCUGGGGAUAUGCGAGAUACUCUUUUGCAUCUUGUGCAAUACCACAGAGGAAUGCGAAAGAAAUAGAUCUCAGUACUCUCAAAAGCAGAAACAGCCCGGAGGGGGAGGGCUUGAGCCUACAAGUCUAGCAUUUUGGGAGACUAGGGUGGGAGGAUCCCGAGCCCAGUUCAAGGUUACAGUGAGCUAUGUCUGCACCACUGCACUCACCCAGGUGACAGAGCAAGACUCUGUCUCAAAAAGAAAAAGUCACAUAUAUACAUAGAAUAUGCAAUUAAAAAAUAUAUUUUAUAAACUAUCUGUUACUAUGAAAUCUGUGCCAGUGUGAACUUUCUCCAAGUUUUAACUUAUGGUUGUGAAUUUAGUCUUAGGUCUAACAAAUAACACAACCUAAGAAUUAUUCCGUACUUUGAGGAAGAUAUUCUUUUGGUUUUUCUUAAGGAUAGAGUGAACCAUAAGAGAUUAUCUCAGCCUUAUAAGGCAUGUGCUCUCGAAAAGUCGUUACAUAAAUAUAUAAGUAUACUAAGUGUUAAAUGACCAGCUAAAUCAGUGCCCGAAGGCUGUGCUGGUUAGACAAGUCUGCAAGGAAAUGGUGAAAUUUCAGUCCAGUUUUGAAGAACAGGAUUUGAAGGGUUGUAGAGAAAGCUGGAAGUACACUCCAAGUGGGAAGAUCACUGGGAAAUAUACUGUCUAUUAUCACAGGCUUCUUCUGAAAACCACGCGGCCCCGCCCACCAGCUACUAGAGCUGAUCUAUCCCAACCACCUGGCACUCGCAGGUGAGGAAGCCCCUCUUAACAGCGACCACGGUUUCAGACUCCGCGCGCAGGAAACGUACAGACAGCGCCUGCCUCGCCGAGCUUCCGCUUCCGGCCCUUCAGGCUCAGUCUCUGUGGAGACGGCUUUGGGAGGGAGAAAGAGGUGGGGCCUUGCGCGAGCUGCGCAGGCGCACGGUGGGCAGCUGCAAUGGCGACGCCGUGUACCCUAAACAGGUAUCUGCUGCUCAUGGCGCAGGAGCACCUGGAGUUCCGCAUGCCGGAAAUAAAGUCUUUGCUUUCACUUUUUGGAGGUCAGUUCGCCAGCACUCAAGAAACUUAUGGAAAGUCACCAUUUUGGAUUCUUAGCAUUCCCUCUGAAGAUAUUGCAAGAAAUUUAAUGAAACGGACAGUGUGUGCCAAGGCUAUAUUUGAACUAUGGGGUCAUGGACAAUCUCCUGAGGAGCUGUACAGUUCUCUUAAAAAUUAUCCUGUGGAGAAGAUGGUUCCAUUUCUACAUUCAAACUCUACAUAUAAAAUAAAGAUUCAUACUUUCAAUAAGACAUUGACACAAGAGGAGAAAAUCAAGCGAAUAGAUGCACUUGAAUUUCUGCCAUUUGAAGGAAAAGUAAAUUUAAAGAAACCACAACAUGUAUUCUCUGUUUUGGAGGAUUAUGGUUUGGACCCAAACUGCAUCCCUGAGAAUCCACAUAAUAUUUAUUUUGGUAGAUGGAUUGCAGAUGGACAGAGAGAGCUUAUUGAGUCAUACAGUGUCAAAAAGAGACACUUUAUUGGAAAUACAAGUAUGGAUGCUGGUUUGUCAUUCAUUAUGGCUAACCAUGGAAAAGUGAAAGAAAAUGAUAUUGUCUUUGAUCCAUUUGUUGGAACAGGUGGCCUCCUGAUAGCAUCUGCUCAUUUUGGGGCAUAUGUAUAUGGGACAGACAUAGACUACAACACAGUUCAUGGCUUGGGAAAGGCCAGUAGGAAAAACCAGAAAUGGAGAGGACCAGAUGAAAACAUUAGGGCCAAUCUUCGUCAAUAUGGUUUAGAAAAGUAUUACCUUGAUGUCCUGGUUUCAGAUGCAUCUAAACCUUCCUGGAGAAAGGGCACAUAUUUUGAUGCAAUCAUUACUGAUCCUCCAUAUGGUAUCAGAGAAUCUACAAGAAGAACAGGUUCACAGAAGGAAAUACCAAAGGGGAUAGAAAAAUGUCCAGAAAGCCAUGUUCCUGUUUCCUUAAGUUAUCAUCUGAGUGAUAUGUUUCUUGACCUAUUAAACUUCGCAGCUGAGACCCUCGUGUUAGGUGGAAGACUUGUCUAUUGGUUACCGGUGUAUACGCCAGAAUACACUGAAGAGAUGGUGCCUCAGCACCCGUGCCUGAAGCUCAUUAGCAACUGCGAGCAGAAGCUUUCCAGUCACACAUCAAGGCGCUUGAUCACAAUGGAAAAGGUGAAGAAAUUUGAGAAUCAAGACCAGCAUUCACAUCUGCUGAGUGAUCAUUUUCUGCCAUAUCAAGGUCAUAAUUCCUUCCGUGAGAAAUAUUUUAGUGGGGUAACAAAAAGAAUUGCCAAGGAAGAAAAAUCCAGCCAGGAAUGAAAAUUAAGAUUUUGACAAUGAAGAAAGAAUAAGAAUUGGAUAGAAAAGACAUCUGGAUGGGAACUUUCAUGUAUGAUCCAGAAAAUAUGUACUGCUUUAAAAUAUUUUACAUAAGAAAGCUACAAAGUAAAUUGAGCAAUGCUUUAAAAGUUAUCUUUGUUUUGCAGACUUCCUUGUUGUCUGAUUUACAGUCUUCUUAAUCUUAUUUAAUGUAUAUUUGUACUUUUAAGUAUUGAUGGAGAUGGACUUAAAACAGUUAUUUUUUUUUACAAUUAAUCUACAAGGGAAUUAAUACUGUUGACUUUUAAAACAUCUGCUGGAUAUAUUAUAAGCAGUUAAUAGUAGUUAAGAAUUUAUUCAUUUGGUAGAUGUGUUUAUUUGGUUUUUGAUUGUCAUUGAUUUACAUUGCCACUAAUAAACUAUAUUGAGAAUUUCUAAAA